AUGGAGAUGCCUAAGAAUUUAGAGGAUGUUAAAAAAUCGAUUGAUUCAAUGGAAAACGAUGUUAAUAUUUAUAAUUUAAAGAUGGAAGAAAAUGACAUGAAACGUUUGGAAAUAGAACGGUCGAUUUGCGAAACUGAAAUGUUAAUUGAGAAAGCUUUACACAUUAUUAAAACUAAUGAGAGAAAGAAUGAGGAUUAUUAUAACAAAAUUAGCAAAGUUGGUAAUGACUUUAAAGCGUUGAGUGAAUUUACUUCUAAUAGUCAGAAAAAUAAAUCUGUUGAUAAUCAACUUGUGAAAGUUAAAAGCUUAAAGAAAGAGAAAAUUAAUUACCGAAAUGAAUUUGAUAAAAUUAAUUAUUCAGCUAUUGAUCUUCAGAUAAAAAAAGAGGCUAUUUUGCAAGUCAAGAAGAAGUUCAUUCAACUACAGGAAUGUAGUAAAGAAAUAUUAUCUAUGCUUAAUGAAUUUUAA